AUGAUUUAUCCCGACUACAUAAUCCAAGGAGGUGACAUAACUCUAGGACGCGGAAAUGGUUCGAUCUAUGGAGAUAAGUUUGACGAUAAAAACUUCCUGGCUCGUCAUACUGGGGCUGGAAUCCUCUCUAUGGCGAACUCUGGACCAAACACUAAUGGAUCCCAAUUCAUGAUUAGCUUGACCGAAAACACCUGGUUCGAUGGUAAACAUGCCGUCUUCGGGAGAGUUGUUGAAGGGAUGGAUCUCCUGAUGGAAUUGAACAGUGUUGGAACAUAG